AUGAUUCGUUACGCGUUAGCAUAUAAGAACUUCAAUCCUAACGAAACAUAUCCAGAAGAAGAAAAUGUGGAAUCAAGUUUUGAAUUAACGAAAAAGUAUUGGAAAUAUAAAAUUGAAUCAUAUAAGAAACAAGAUGAAAAAGCAGAAAGGGAUACUAAAAACAAUGUUUCAAUGGAUGACUAUCAAUACUAUCACGAUUUAAUCCUUUCAUCUAAAUGCAAAAUGUGUGGUAAAGCGUUUACAUAUGCUAAUAAACCAACAUUGGAUAGAAUCGAUAAUGAAAAACCACAUACCAAAGAAAAUUGUCAGUUAAUGUGUUGUUAUUGCAAUGUCGUAAAAUCAAAUAAAGAUGAAGAUGUUCAACGUUUAAGAAUCAAUUUAAGAAAUUAUGCAUUAAAAAAUAAUUUACCAAUGACUUUAGAUUCGGUUGAAGCUUAUCACAUUCUCCGUAAUGGAAUUACUGGUGGUCUAUCAAAUGUUCAACAUCGUGUUAAUCUUAAAGGAAUCACGCACAUUAAUAAACUUUCAUAUAGUCCAGAAACUAAAACUGUAUCAAAUGAGGACACCACCAACAUUAUGACUCAUUUCGUUGGAGUUGACUUUAAUUCAUUAUAUCCUUCAUCAUUUUCAUCUAAUCCUCAUGAUUUCAUUCAAUAUACUGACCAUAAAAUGUAUAUGCCGGGAAGAUUGAAUGGUGUUAUCAUUUGUGAUACAGCAACAAAGAAAGCAAAAGCACUGGGAAUUAUUAAGAAGAAAAAUACUUUAUUCGUGGCUGAAGUAAAGGGUCACAUUGAUGAAAAAUACAUUAAUGAUUACAUAAACUUUUUACCAAUAAUAAGAAACUUAGAUAUUAUCACAGAUGAAAAAACAAUUGGCAGUUUUAUGUAUAAUUACAUGAAAUCAAACAAUCUACCAGUUGACCAGAAACAGAGAAAAUUAACUCAGUUAGCAUCAACACACAACCAAUAUCAAACCAUUUUCUCUCUUAUUAUCUUUGGUAUCUAA